GGCAGAAUGGCUCCCACAGAGAAGGGUGGCGAGAAGAAGAAGGACCAUUCUCCCCACAAGGUGGUGACCCGAGAAUACGCCAUCAACAUUCACAAACGCAUCCACGGAGUGGGCUUCAAGAAGGGUGCUCCUCGGGCACUCAAAGAAAUUCGGAAGUUUGCCAUGAAGGAGAUGGGGACUCCAGAUGUGCGCAUUGACACCAGGCUCAAUAAAGCUGUCUGGGCCAAGGGAGUAAGGAAUGUUCCGUAUCACAUCCGACUAUGUUUGUCCAGAAAACGUAAUGAGGAUGAGGAUUCACCAAACAAGCUCUACACAUUGGUAACUUAUGUGCCUGUUACCACAUUCAAAAAUCUACAUACAGUCAAUGUGGGUGAGAGCUAA